GCCGAAAAGCUAUUAGAAAACCUGCAUCUUGCAAAAUGGCGGCGUCCUCUGAUUUCUACUUACGAUAUUAUGUUGGACAUAGAGGGAAAUUUGGCCACGAAUUCCUUGAAUUUGAAUUUAGACCUGAUGGCAAAUUGAGGUAUGCCAACAACUCAAACUACAAAAAUGACACCAUGAUCAGGAAGGAGGCAUUUGUACACAAGUCAGUAAUGGAGGAACUCAAGCGUAUCAUUGAGGACUCUGAGGUGAUCCAGGAAGAUGAUGCUGUUUGGCCAUCACCUGACCGAGUGGGCAGACAGGAGCUUGAAAUCGUAAUUGGAGAUGAACAUAUUUCUUUCACAACAUCCAAAAUUGGAUCACUUGUUGAUGUCAACCAGAGCAAAGAUCCUGAGGGCCUGAGGACAUUUUACUACCUUGUACAAGAUCUCAAAUGUUUGGUCUUCUCUCUCAUUGGACUUCACUUCAAAAUCAAACCUAUCUAAGGCAUGUGUCAGAAGGAGUGCUGGCUGCAGACUGUCGGCAGGAAUCUGUUAGCUGGCUGGGGGAAGAGAAAAACAAUGGCUGCUAUCUGGAAUCUUUAUGAUGAUAUUGCAUCAAUGACUGAUAUGUUUGUCAAGUUGUGAUGACAGGGACAUUUACCAGAAAACUUUUAAAGUCAUCAUUGAACAUUUGUUGGAGAUGAGGAUACUUCUAGUGACAGUGUUUUUAUAGGUCUACUUGAGUAUUAUUUUGAGGACCAGAGACAGCCGUCGUGUUUUUAUAGGUCUACUUGAGCGUUAUUUUGAGGACCAGAGACAGCCGUCGGGACAGGGAGGGAUUUUAUGUUCUUUUAUGUACUUCCAUUUUUGACAGCAACACAUCUAAAUUUCAUUGUUUGUAAAAUCUUACAUUUCUAAACACUGAUAAAAGUUACUCAUUUAUCAUCUGUUUGUCAUUUCAUAUGUCUUUUAGAUAAAGAAUAUAAUACAUUA